AUGGCUAAAGAGUCGAGGCCCUGCCCGUGUGGUACUGGAGACAGGUUUGGCUAUGAGGGUUGUGGGCAGGAAGUGCAAGUUGAGCACGUCAAGGCGUAUAUUUGCAAACCACCUGCCAGCACAGAUAAAGCUGUGAUUGUAAUUCAUGAUAUAUUUGGAUGGCAACUCCCAAACACCAGAUACAUGGCUGAUAUGCUUGCAGCUAAUGUUUACAUAUCCAUCUGCCCAGACUUUUUUGCAGGAAGAGAAGCUUGGAAACCUUCUGAUGACUGGUCCAAGUUUGAUAAUUGGCUGAAAACUCGAGAUGCCAGAAAAAUGAACAAAGAAGCUGAUGCUGUCCUGAAAUAUCUAAAGGAACAGUGUGGUGCAAAGAAAUUAGGGGUCGUUGGUUUUUGCUGGGGUAGUAUUGCUGUACAUCACCUGAUGAUGACAUACCUGGGAUUGAAGGCUGGUGUAUCUCUGUAUGUACUCUAUUUAAGCCAGUUUCUUAAGAUACAGACUGAAUACCUGAAUUAA